AUGUGCAGCACUUUACUGUCUUUGCUACCCGCCAUGGAAUUGGCCUCCAAACAAACCGCGAGGCUCCUUCGGCCGUCCACCGUUCGCCUUCAUCCCGGUCUUCCCUCCGCAAUAUCAACAACACAAACAGCCCUCCGACGAAGAAAUAUCUCAACGACACCCUGGCGGAAUGCACCAGAAUCAUCGCUCCUCAGCCUUGCCUCAUCCUCAUCCUCGGGGUCACCACCUACGUAUUUCUCCAACCGACAAACCCUGCCAAUGAACACGGUGGUUCGAUUCGUUCCCCAGCAGACAGCAUGGAUUGUUGAACGCAUGGGCAAGUUUCAUCGGAUUCUGGAGCCGGGCCUGGCAAUUCUAGUGCCAUUUCUGGAUCGCAUUGCCUACGUGAAGAGCCUAAAGGAGUCCGCGAUUGAGAUCCCAAGCCAGAAUGCGAUUACCGCGGAUAAUGUUACAUUGGAGCUUGAUGGGGUGCUGUAUACAAGGGUUUUUGAUGCGUACAAGGCAAGCUACGGAGUGGAAGACGCCGAAUAUGCUAUUUCUCAGCUUGCGCAGACAACCAUGCGAUCGGAGAUCGGCCAGCUGACUCUAGACCAUGUUUUGAAGGAGCGUGCAAUGCUCAACACCAACAUUACACAGGCUAUCAAUGAGGCUGCCCAAGCGUGGGGAGUCACUUGUCUGCGAUAUGAGAUUCGAGACAUUCACGCGCCUGACGGUGUCGUUGAGGCCAUGCACCGCCAGGUGACGGCUGAGCGAUCAAAAAGAGCUGAGAUCCUGGACUCUGAGGGUCAACGGCAAAGUGCGAUCAACAUCGCCGAAGGUCGGAAGCAGUCCGUCAUCCUGGCAUCCGAGGCCGACAGAAUCGAGCGUAUCAACCGGGCUAAUGGUGAGGCCGCUGCCAUUCGAGCAAAGGCAGAGGCCACUGCAAAGGCGAUCGAGACCGUGGCUCAGGCCAUUGAGGCCGGACAAGCGAACGCGCAUGGCGCUAUAAGCCUGAACAUCGCUGAGAAAUACGUUGAGGCAUUUGGGAAGCUUGCUCAUGAGGGCACAGCUGUCGUCGUUCCAGGGAAUAUGGGGGACCUUGGUGGCAUGAUUGCAAAUGCCAUGGCAGUAUACGGCAAAGUGAGCGGUAGCCAGGCGCGGACUAUUGCGGCGAAAGCUCUUGGGGUGCAAGAUCCACAGACCACUGAGAAGACGCCGGAAGUCAAGCCCAAUGGCAAAAGAGAUGUCGCUGAAGGGAUUCUUGAAGGAUUCGAGCAGACGCGCCGCGAAGAAGAAAAGAUAUAA